AUGGGUCACAAUCAGACAUCCUGCAGCCAGGCCGACGUUCUAGUCAUCCCGCCGGAUGGCCUCUGUGGCUGGCAUUGCCUAGUCGCCAGUCGGGACGUUCAAGGUUUCCUGGCAGUGGAGCGGACUUCCCUUGGCUACGCCAAAGCCGCGGACCGACUGCGGCUAGAGACACAUCAAGCACGCACGCUCUGCAAAGAGACCUGUGACCUUGCGCUCAAGCGCAGCCCGCACCAGCAGGAGGCUAUAGAACGAGUUCGAUGCCAAGAGUUCUUUGCCAUGGAGGACCUUGCUUGGAUAGCGGAUGCUUUGCAGAUUUCCGUUCGGGCUUCGUGCGAUCCAGAGGCCUUGCAAAAGAUCUCCAGGGUCGGCGCAGAGAACCCCCCGCGCGAAGGAAUUUACGGACGUGGUCAGCUCGUGGCUCACCUGAGAUUUUCCUUCACCACUACGAGCGGGCAUUGGAAUUUAGUUAAGGAACCCCUGCAGAACAAUGCUAUGGCUGGGAAUGUGACCCAGAGGCAGCGUGGCUAA